AUGACCUAUGAUGACAUUUUUGUUUUGUUUUGCAGACCAGCCAAUGUAUGUCUUACUACCCUGCAAGACUUGUUACAUGCUAAGGCAGAUCCUAAUAUUGCUGACAACGUUGGACGCACCGCUCUAUCAUGGGCAGUCACCAAUAAGAUUGACACCAACUCUACCCCUCUGAAGCUCUGCACAGCAUUACUUGACGGGGGUGCUGAUGUGAACAGUGCAGAUAAGAAGCAACGGACUCCUCUUCAUUAUUCCAUAAAUUAUACAACAGGGGGCUUUGAGACAAUCACCGAGGUGGAGGAUUUGUUGAUCAAAUAUGGAGCAAACACAGUUGCACUGGAUUUGCACAACAGGAUCCCUCUUCACUACGCAUUUGUGAAAAUGAACAAUGGGCACACCGAUUACAGCAUGUCUGAUCCGAUAUCUGUUGUCAGCCUGCUGUGUGAGGCAAUAACGGAGCAGGGUAAAGAUGCCAAGACACAGGUCAACCAUCAGGACAACUUUGGACAGACACCUCUCCACAGGGCAGCUCUCAGGGGUGCCACAAUUUGUUCUCUCAAUCUUCUUCAGAAAGGGGGAUCACUUGAGAUUAAAGACAAUGACGGGAACACUCCACUGUCAUUAGCUCUUCGUGAGCGUCAUGAUGGUUGUGCCAUGAUGUUUAUGCAGAGUAAUGCACCACCAUCUUGUCCAGUUAUAAGACCCCUUACACCAGAGGACUGGAAAACAUAUGAAAAACAGAGGUCUCUCUAUAGCCUGACCAUGGAAGUUACAUUGUCUUUGCUGCUUUGUUUUCUUUCAGAACAAUCCCCAUCAUCCUUGGAUAUUGCUGACAACGACGGAGUCACUCCGUUUGCCGCAGUGUUUUCCAAGACGGAAAGUGGAAUAAUAACCCUUGUGGAGUUUUUCGUAAGCCCGGCAAACUGCCACGUAAAGAAACUGGACGUUUGUUACAGUGUUCGAGACAGUAAAGGAGAUAGCGGGAGCCAUGACACCACCACUCCGUUGAUUGAGGCCGCGUUGUCAAACAGUGAGAAAGUAGUUAUGGACCUGCUGAAACAUGGAGCAUCAGUCAAUUUCCCAAAGGUAAUUGACAAUACAGCAACAGCUCCAUGCCAUAAUCCAAUUCUUAUUCCACAGCGAUGGAGUCGAAAUUAAGUAAGAUAGCGUCAUGUCGACUUAUGUUCAUGUACCAUUGUCAGACCUAAUAUUGAGAGUUAGGUUUGUCGAUGAGUGUAAGAGCUUGCAAGUGAAAGUUCAGUGAAUAAUUCAAGCAUCGGCCGUGUUUACCAGUCCUAGUCUGGGAAUGAAACCCUUGCAUGUCACCGACUGUGUGAAAGCUGCUGAGUUGUACUUUCAUGUAGUGCUGUUUGUUAUGUUGUACAAGUUGUUUCUAACGUUUUUAAGUCUGUGAGUGAAACCCUAGUGUGACCAUGUAAAUGAAGGGUAUUGAGAAGUGUUUUCAUUUGGGAUAGUUUAUUAAACAUGAAGCACAGUGAUGAAUGUGGAUAAAACUUCUGUGAAUAAAACACUUAUGUGGGACCAUCCAAGUGAAAACUAUUCGGGAUUACUUAAAUAGGGUGUUUCAUGUUGAAUGCUCUGAAAAAUGAAAUUUUGGGCCUUUAUAUUCAAUUUUUCACUGUUCUGUUCCAGGCUCUCGGUCAGUGGGGAUGAUCGAAAAAGCGGGUGGGCGACGAGCGGGAUAGAGAUGACUAACGUCAUAUAUUUA